CCCCCCUCCCUGCCUGCCUGCCUCCCUCCCCCCUGGUGUCUGUGUGGGUUGCGUGGCUGACCCACAGCGCUGGAGGCUGGCGUUGGAGGCGGCUGGCGCGUCCUGGCCCUGCUGGAUCCCAGCCACAAAAGAGGAAGCGGCGGGGGGGAUCCGUUCCGCGCAGCCGAUCGCCUGCCCCCAGCUGGAAUCUACCCUCGUCGCCUGUCGCCCCCCCCAAUUUACUGGGUCAACUGGGCUCCUGCAAGAUAAACAUUAUUGUUAUUGUUAUUAUUUAUUCGCGUUGCCCUGGAGCUGACUCGAUUCCUUGGGCACCGUCUGCGCUUUGCGCCCCCCUUCGUGCGCUCCCGGGCUCUCGAGUACUCCAAGGGAAAUAAUGAAAAAAGUGUGCCAACGCUCUUGAUCAGAGAAGUGGAAAUUGAGAUAAAGGCUCUUAACUAGGCUCAUGUUUUCGCCUGAUCAAGAAAAUCAUCCGUCAAAAGCACCAGUGAAGUAUGGUGAACUGAUUGUCUUAGGGUACAAUGGCUCCCUUCCAAACGGAGACCGAGGAAGAAGAAAAAGCAGAUUUGCUUUAUUUAAAAGGCCCAAAGCCAACGGGGUGAAACCAAGCACUGUGCAUAUUGCCUGCACACCCCAGGCAGCAAAGGCAAUAAGUAACAAGGACCAGCACAGUAUAUCCUAUACCUUGUCUCGAGUUCAGACGGUGGUAGUUGAAUACACUCACGACAGCAAUACAGAUAUGUUUCAGAUUGGCCGAUCGACAGAAAGUCCAAUAGAUUUCGUAGUGACUGAUACCGUUCCGGGCAGCCAAAGCAAUUCAGAAACUCAGUCCGUGCAAAGCACCAUCUCAAGGUUUGCCUGCCGGAUCAUAUGCGAACGCAACCCUCCUUUCACCGCGAGGAUCUACGCUGCCGGAUUUGACUCCUCCAAGAACAUUUUCCUAGGGGAAAAAGCUGCCAAGUGGAAGACCUCUGACGGGCAGAUGGACGGUUUGACUACAAAUGGAGUCCUGGUCAUGCAUCCACGGAACGGCUUCACCGAAGACUCCAAGCCAGGCGUGUGGAGGGAGAUAUCUGUAUGUGGGAAUGUAUUCAGCCUCCGCGAAACAAGAUCUGCUCAGCAGAGAGGCAAAAUGGUCGAAAACGAAACUAACCAGCUGCAGGACGGCUCUCUGAUUGACCUGUGUGGAGCCACCCUGCUGUGGCGCACGGCGGAAGGGCUUUCCCGCACUCCAACGGUGAAACACCUGGAAGCUCUGCGGCAGGAAAUCAAUGCGGCUCGGCCUCAGUGCCCGGUGGGCUUUAACACAUUAGCCUUCCCCAGUAUGAAGCGGAAAGACGUCGUAGACGAAAAGCAGCCCUGGGUCUACCUGAGCUGUGGCCAUGUCCACGGCUACCAUAACUGGGGGAACAAAGAAGAGAGAGACGGGAAGGAUCGGGAAUGUCCCAUGUGCCGAUCGGUCGGUCCUUACGUGCCUCUCUGGCUGGGAUGUGAAGCUGGAUUUUAUGUGGACGCUGGGCCCCCAACUCACGUGUUCAGCCCAUGUGGACACGUCUGCUCAGAAAAGACAACGGCCUAUUGGUCCCAAAUCCCUCUUCCGCACGGUACCCACACUUUUCAUGCAGCCUGCCCGUUCUGCGCACAUCAGCUUUCCGGCGAACAAGGCUACAUCAGACUUAUUUUCCAAGGACCUCUUGACUAACGCACACGGCUCGCCCGAGGACGUCGUUGAAACUCACGAACAUAAGCUAAAAGAUUCUGAAUUCAAACGGACUGUCGUUUUAAAUUGACUCUUAUUUCAUUCCCGGGGCUUUGGCAGUUUACUUUGAGAUGAAGAAUACUUCUUCUUUUUUCUCCUUUUUCUGUUUUCCUCUUUUGUAAUUUCAGCGAUUAAAUUCCUGUGUAGAUAACGGAAGACCUUUCCUUGUGUGGAAGAAAGCAGUGGAGAAGAAGUUGGGGAGGGGGGAGUGUCUGGAAGUCUCCCUUGCCCGUCAGGUUUUUGGAUUAUUAUUAUUUUUUUGUGAUGGGAAGGAUUAAAAUUCUUUGCCUUCGGUGUAAUGUUUUGAAGAAUAUGCCUUCGAUAUC